AUGAUCAUUGCGGCGAUCUUCCUGGUAUGGUGGUUGGGGAGGAAGUUCAAGGCGUUCGAGAAUAAGAUCGUGAUCUUAGAGAGUGAACUGGAAGUGCAGAGGUACAACACCAACAGUGCCUUAGAGGAGCAAGAGAGGGUGUGGUCGAUGCAGAUGGACUAUGCCCAGAGGAUCCAUCGAGCCUUGAUCUAUCGAGGAGGCUUUGUGGAGGACCGCUCAAUCCGAGACGGCUUAGAAUGGGACACCUUGAAGUACAUCGAGAAGGUUAAUCGACGACAUGAAGGACCACACCUCAAAGUCCAAUGGGAUGUGGUGAAUCAACGAAGGCCACGUGGUACCAUGCGACAAGGUCUGGAGACCAUGAGCCAUGAGCUGGCGAGAAUCAUGUACCAGCUCAUGGACGAAUGUCCAAUUCAUGGACCCAAGGUGACCAAUGAUCGGUGGGUGGCCAGCAUCGCCCACUUUGCUGCCCGACUGUGUGGGCAGACCAAGGUGGCUGCAAGCUUCAUCAAACAGGCGAUCAAAGUUUUGUACAGCCUUCGCGGCUCGGCAGUGCUCCAGAGAGCCACCUUUGAGCGGCUGUGGAGCUUUCAGCGGCAACUUGAUGUCAUCGCAAUUGCGAAGCGCCCAAAUCAAUCGAACAUAGGGCAGAUUCAGUCGGCACUGCGAGAGUCUUUGCAGUCAUUGAGGGCUAGCAUUCUUAGCGAAGAGCUUACGGUGCAGGACAUGUUGACUCCAAAGUUAGCUGCGUGGGAAGGCCGCAACUUCAUAGACUUGCUUGAGCAGGAGAAGAUCCCAGAAGGACAAGUGCGACCGAAGCUUGAGCAGAUGAUCAACAAGCUGCAUUUCAUGCAGAAGUUUGAGCGUGCAGUCCUUUCUGAUUUGCCCCAACUCCUUCCCCGUGCUAGACAGUUUGCGAAGCAACUGCAUUUGCUCUUCCUGAAGGCCAGCACGGGCCAACCCUCCAUCACUUCGACCAAUGUGUUUGGACUUGAAGUGAGCUUAGCUCGAAUCAAUGACAGCGCAUGGGUAGAAGAGUUCGAAGAUGAGUGGCUGCAGUUGACAGUCGCAGAUGUGCCGCAAGCCAGCUUUUCCUCUGUGCUCGCGGCCAUCGAGACUCUUCAUUUUGCGCGCUCACAACAGAACCCACCAAUGCAAUUGAUGCUUCAGGAAGUGGAGCAAGACUUGAAAAGCACAGGUGAGGAACUCAACGUGUUGGACAACAUCUUUUUUCUACACCGGGGAGUGACCAGACUUUUGAAGGAUCUCUCCGGGUUGCGGGGUGAAGAGGCUGGGUUACCGUCAGAGAUUCUGAGUUCGAUCGAAAGGCAUUGGGCAGGGGUUGCACCACAGGAUGUGGACAGGUUUCUCCAAGGAAUUCAAUCCGUGACCUCAGUCUUCCAGGGCCAGGGUGGCUUGAAUGAAGUUAGCCGCCGUUUGCAAGCAGUACUGGCAGCUCGACAGACAGUGGAGUUUGCGAACCAUUGCACGCUGAUCCUGAGACACCUAUCAAGCAAGGUCAAAGUGCCCAACAAAGGGCUGACCGAAGGCUUUUCACUCGACACACGGAGCCACAUGGCUUCCCUGAGAGAGAUGCAGGAAGCCUUCAAUGCAGCCAAGAACAAGAAGAGUGAAAGCAACCUGACCACCAAGGCUUUGGACAAGGUGGACCGUGCUACCCAAUGCCUGCGACAGAUGUUUGAUUUCUUGGGUGCCCGAGGUUCUGGCUUUGAAUUGGUGCUGCGGCUUGUGACUGCUCUGGCUCAAGUUCCCGGCCUCUCGUUUUUGACGGUUUUGCUCAGCAGUGCUCAGAAAGGUGAACAUUUGGCAAUGAGGCUGGCGGAGCUUGUGGAAGGUGCUUUGACGCAGGAGACCUUGGCACAUGUGGAGCAAGCUUCAGCCGUCUUUAUGCCUCUUUGUGUUGCCUCCCUUGCAGCGAUGAACAUGCCAGUUGAUGCCAACAAGUUCGGUGCCAUGGUGCAGGGCGUGUGGUCAAAACGAAUCCAGCGGGAGGCGCUUGGUGCGUGGUGCGAGGCUGCCAUUGGAGACUUGAUGCUCAACAUGCUUCAAGAGGCGCACGCGAAUCAUAGAAGCAACUUGCGUGACUUCUCAGAUAGCUUGAGAUCAGCACUACGGCAGGGCCAGGUCCUACAGCAAAAGCUGGAGGAGAAUUCCGACGAUGCCACAGCUGUCAGCAAUACAGUUCAUGGAAUGGUGAGCGCAGGACACUUGGAGCUGACUCCCAGCGCGGAUGGAACACACUUCGAGGUUGUAGGUGUUUUUGAGUUCAGCAAGGAUCCUGUUUCAAGAGAUGUCCAGCAACUCACCGAGUGCUCCGACAAAGCAAGCUUGGCCGUGCCAAAAGGCACUGCCGAUGCCGACAAUCCCACCGCCUUGACUCAAGAGAAAGUGCAGAUCUUCACAGGAUGCGUUGAGGGCAUUCUUGGUUUGCGGCAGGAGCUGACGGAACUUCUUCAGAUUGGACACCCUUAUUUGGAAGAUGCCGGACAAUUGCGAUUUCCACGUCAGGGAGAGGGCUUGUCAGCUUCAACAUUGCAAGACCUCAAGGACACGUUGCGAUGGGCCCAAGGUGCCAUGCAGCAAUGGUGCAAUGCCCUGGAUCAAGCCCGUGCCAGACAUGCAAUCAUGAGCGCCAUCCCUGCCAGGAACAUCACAAAGCUUGCCCGUGCAGUCUUGCAAAAUGAGACUCGUGCAGUGGCCCCACUAAUGUCCCUUCAUUUCCAGACCGGGACCAGCUUUCACAAAGAUCAAGAGUUGGAGUAUGCCCUAGAGAAGUGCAAAUUUCUUGAGCCCAGAGAACGGGCACAUGAACGAUUUAUGGAUAAGCUUGUGGAAGUAUUGACGGCACAGGUCAUUCCAGAGAACACGAUGACAAGAUUCUUGCCCUUGCAUGAGGUUGCUCGAAACUAUCCAAAGAAGCGCGCUUGUGAUGAUACAACCACAAGAAGCAGGAUGGAGCGCCGGCAGAACCCCAAAUUCUACCCGAAGCGGGUUCUAUUGAUUCAGGAAGAAUUGUCCCACGAAUCUGGCAAUUUGGCCUUGCAAAGCACAGCCACCACCACAGUACUGUCGCUGCUGUUGCCUUUAGGAAUCGGACCCAGCGCCGAAAAUCUCUUGCUGUGUGACUCCAGCACCACCAAGGAUGACAUCCUGAGGUUUCUGCACCGAGUUACUCAUGCUACCCGCCUUGCUAUGGACACUUCUCGCCAAUCCCAGGUUCUCGGCGUUUGCGUUCAUGUGGAUUGCUUACAGCCGGAUGUACUGCAGGAGCUCCUGUGCAGGGUGGAUGCCAUGCAAGCGGCGGUCGGCAGGCGCAAGGAAGCCGACAGCACCGCUGAGAUUGAAGUGCGCCUGGCUUUCACACUGACAGCGCGGGCCUCAAAGAUGCUUAUCGAAACCUUGGAGAAGGACUUAUGCAAGCAGCAGCAGAUCAAUGUCUUGAAGCUUUCUAGCAUAAAGGCCUUCUUGAAAGAGGCGGGAGAGGAGAGAAAGGCUGAAGGUCGAACAGCUUUGGGAUGGCAUCAAGUUGUGACCUCGGAGUAUGCGGGAGAUGGCAAGACGCAUGCCAUUCGUAGAUCUGAGAAAUGGGACCCAGACUCUCAUGUCUCAGUUAUUUGGGGCGGUGCCCAGACACGUGGGCAAGCAGCAAGAGCCUUAAGGAAGGCCGAGGGUGCUGGCUCCGUCCAUUUAGAGUUACAUGGAUUUGAAGAAGGUGGUGGGGUAGAUGCAGACAUGCUGCUGAUGGAGCUUCUUCUCUUCCGCUGUGUCUUUGAUCCCGAGAGGUCUGAGUGGACACGCUUGGCUGUGGAAACGCCACUCUUCGUGGAAGUCGCCAAUUCCAUCAAGAUCAAGCAAGGGCAGCGUCCUGCUCAGCUCAUGUUGCUCUCAGCUCCCAUUCUAGAAGGUGUCCCCGGCCAGAAUGAGAUCCAUGCAGACUCUCCAUUCUUGUUUGACGGCAACGAUCUUCACCCAGAAGUGGCGUCUUCUAUUGCGCAAGACUUCGCUCUGGCUGGUGCAGCCUUGUUCCUGAACGAUGAUAGACCUCACCUGGUCGGAUGUGAAGAUGAUGCCGUCUUCAAAUUGGUGGCAAGCUCACAGGGGCAAGAAUUGGUGCUUGCGGGAGAUCAUGCCAACUUACUGCAGCGAUACUCAGUUGACGUGGAUGAAGCGGCUAAGCUGGCUUUGCAAGAAGCCUGGCUCCAUGGUGUCGGGGCAAAAGCAGACAGGGAUCCUCCAGUGCCAUCGAAAGCUACCAUAAUGUCCUUCCUGCGGUUUUUGGCGCACUGGACCAGGAACUGGGCAUUACACCUGCACCAUUAUGAGCAGGCUUUCCAUGGUGAGCGGGGAGUCAACAUCCCUGGCACAUUCUUGCAGGUGUUGAAGGAAAUGAUCCCCAUGGCGGCAGCGAUGUGUUUGCGUUCCUCAGCAGCGGAAGCGCAAAUGGAGCAGAGAGAGAGGACCGUCGCUGAGAAUGAUGAAGCAGCGUCCUUGUCCGAGGCUAUGGCUUGCCGAGUGCUUGAUCCUCGCACCAGCGCUUCGCGUGUUUGGGCCUUCAACACGGGUGGUUCGCUGCGCUUCAUUGGCAACAGAACGGAGUUGCCGAGUGCUUUACAGCAUUUGUGGGACAUUGUCCGCAGAUAUACGCGUGAGCCAAUUGAGUUGGAAGAUGCUUUUCGUGGCUUCGUGCUCACACAAGACAAUAUGAUUAAGCUGGUUGAUGUAGCUGAGCGGCUUCGUGCUCACCUGCCUUGCAUCCUCAUGGGUGAAGCUGGUUGUGGAAAAACAGUACUGCUGCGGCUCACCACCCGCUUGUUGGGUGCUAGUGAGCUGGAUGAGCAGCAAGUGCACGCUGGCACCACGGAAGCUGACAUUUUGGAAGCGCUCAGCAGAGCGGAGGAGCUUGCUCGGAAGAAGGAGGAAUCAAAGAAGGAUGGUGGAACUGAGCAUAUGGUGGUCCAAUUCUGGGAUGAAUUGAAUACGUGCCCGCACCAGCCGCUUUUCAAGCAAAUCCUGGUCGACCGCGUCAACCCGAGCACCAACCAGCCCAUUCACAAGGGCUUGCGAUUCGUCGCCGCUUGUAAUCCUUGGCGCCGUGCAAGCCAAGGUAGCGUGGUGUGCGCGGGGUUUGAAAGCCCAGUCGCCCAAGAUGAUCGCCUGGCUGGCCUUGCAUAUCGAGUGCAUCCCUUGCCAGAAAGCUUGUUCACACACCUAUCCUCGUUUGGCCAGCUGGACCUUGACACUGAGCAGCAGUACGUCAAAGAGAUGGCAUCUCAACACCCACAGCUCCUAAAUCCUGACGACCAAUGGCUUAUACCAGAUCCAUUGACCAAAUCAAUGUGCGAUCAUGCGGCUCGAUAUGUAUGCAUAAUCCACAAGUUCUUCCGGGAUUUUGGCUCUUGCGUCUCGUUGCGGGACCCAAAUCGUUUGUUGAAGCUUUGGGGGUUUAUUCGCUGGGAAUUGAAACAGAGAGAGAAGCUGAAUAUGCCUAAGGGCUCCCUGACCCGUCACUUGUCAUCAGAUGCUUCCAAAGGAGAAGUGAAGUCCUUGGUGUUGGCGAUCCAUUUGGCCUACGAAAUCAGACUUCCUGAUCUGGAGAAGCGGAACGAGUUGCUGGCAACUCUUUUUGAUGGAUCCAACUUGGGUUCCCUCUUCCAGAAGUACUUCCCAGAGACUUGCAGCGAUGAGCUUGAGCGUAUCGAGACCUGGAGGGGAAUAGUAGAGCAAGAGCAGGACUACUGGUUGGAGGCCAUUGAUGUGGCGGACAAUAUUGCAAAAAUUCGUGCAUUGAGAGAGAACAUUUAUGCUACAUUGAUCUGCUCCAUGACCCGCACGCCCAUUUUCAUCCUAGGGAAGCCUGGUUGCUCAAAGUCCUUGACGGUGUCUCUUUUGAUCAGUGCCUUGGCCGACCCCUACAAAGACCAGCUGCUGCACUUGGCGAGCUUCAGUGUCCAGCCAUACCAGGGCAGUCGCCAGUCAACUUCGAGUUCCUUGCUCGCGGUGUUUGAGCGAGCACUGGCCAGACAGAAGAAGCUCCGGACUCUGAAUCGAAGAACACGGCCAUUGGCCUUGGUUUUGCUGGAUGAAGUUGGACUAGCGGAGCAGAGCCCUCACAAUCCGCUCAAGGUGCUCCACGCACGCUUGGAGCCACGACGGGCUCAAGAUGCAGUAUCGGUGAUUGCCAUCAGCAAUUGGGAGCUUGAUCGAAGCAAGUUGAGUCGUGGUUUGUUGUUGGCAUGCCCACCACCAUCAGAAUCAGACUUGAGCCAAACAGCUUUGGCGAUCAUUCGGGCCUACUUGGCGCACGAAAGCCAGAUCCGGGGCCAAUUGGAAGCCAGUUUGGGCCAUAUGGCAACUGCUUUCAUGGAGAUUCUAAAGAACCAGGAGCCUCAAGACUUUCACGGCCUCCGUGAUUGGUAUGGCAUGUGCUCGUUUGCAGCACGCCUGUUGCUGGCUGCAGAUGUGGAGAUGGGUUUCGGCUCCGAGGAGGUGAAGCAAGGAGCUUUGAUGCAUGCGGUCUCCCACGCUUUGCGCAAGGAAGCUGUACAACUGGUCAAGCUGUGCAGGGAGAGGGAAUUGCAGUUCGUUCCUGCCGAUUGGGCUUUGAAGAUGGCCGUCCUCAACAAUGUGAGCGGCAACCACUCUUCAGGUGCGCUUCACAAGAUGCUUCACAGCCUCAGCCAGGAAGAGAAGCAGGACUCCUACCAGUCGAUAUCAGCUCUUGAGCAAAUCUACCCAGAGGUACUCCAAGUGUCGAAUCGUUUGGAUAGUCUGCUUGGCGAUGUGGAUGGUCGCCAUAUCAUGGUGAUCACUGAUUCUCCUGGGCCUGUGAUUGCUUGGAUUCAGCAUCGUGCUCGUCAAAUAGCGAAUUGGAAUCCUGAGAGCUUGGUCGGAAGCCCGCUCGAGCAAGAUCAGGCGAGCACUGACAUGUAUGCUCAGUCUAUGAUCCAAGCUGCAAUCGUCAGUAUGGCUCAGGAAAGGCGGCUUCUCGUACUUCAAAACUUGGAUAUCAUCUACGCAGCCUUGUACGAUGUCUUCAACUCCAACUACAGCCGUGCCAGUGGCCCCAACAGUCAACGGUAUUGCCGAAUUGCUCGGGAAGGCUUCUGCAAUCCACGGUGUGCAGUGGCUGAUCAAUUCAAGGCAGUACUUGUGGUCACGAGGGAGCGUGCAGCUCGCUACGAGCCUGCGUUGCUGAACCGCUUUGCCAAGCUAGAGGCUGGUCAAGUUGUGACAAGAUGAAACCACAGAGAGAAACGUGCGGAGGUGCUGUGAGUCAUCAGCCAUCACACAGCUAACACCGGCCAAGAAGCUUGCCUAUGUAUGUCCCAGUAGCGC